UUUAACUGUGUCCCCGGGGCGCCUCUCUCUCUUUUCCGCCCUCCGACGCCCACGUCAUCAUCAUCCCCAGCAGCAGAAGCAGCAGCAGCAGCGGCAGGCUCAGCCUUUUGUUUCCCGCCGCCGGGCUGCUUGCUCCCUCCUCCUCCUCCGCCCGCAGCGCCCUCCGCCCAGGCGCCGACUCCCGCAGGACGAGGAAGGAAGCCUGCCGCGGUCGAGGAUGGAGAUCUCUUCUCAUCAGUUCCACCUCCUGCAGCAGUUGGAUGAGCAGCGCAGACAGGACCUCUUCUGCGACUGCAGCAUUGUGGUGGAAGGCAAGGUCUUCAAGGCCCACCGGAAUGUGCUCUUUGCCAGCAGUGGCUACUUCAAGAUGCUCCUCUCGCAGUCCUCGAAAGAGAGCGGCCAGCCCUCCACGGCCACCUUCCAAGCCUUUGCCCCGGAGACCUUUUCGGUCAUCCUGGACUUUGUGUAUUCAGGGAAGAUCUCUCUCACGGGGCAGAACGUCAUCGAGGUAAUGUCGGCUGCCAGCUUCCUGCAGAUGACAGAUGUCAUCAGUGUGUGCAAGACCUUCAUCAAGUCCUCCCUGGACAUCAGUGAGAAGGAAAAGGACCGCUACUUCAGCCUGUCAGACAAAGAGGCGGUGAACUCGAAUGGUGUGGAGCGUUUGUGUUUGUAUGGUGGCAGCGGCGGUGGGUGGCGAGCAGAGGGCAGCCCUCCUCCGUCUCAUCUGAGCCCGGAGCAAGGGACUUGUGCCGCCGGCGGGAAUUCCUGGACCAGUUUCAGUUAUUACCCGCCCUCUCAAAGGAACGCUCAGCCACUCUCCAAACAUGACCAAAGGCCUGACUCUGUGAAGAAAAGCAGUCGGCAUUCGGGACUGACGCAGCCCCCCGAUGCCCCUCACUACAAGUCGAGCAAGAUGGAAGACCGAGCUACAGAACCCACCAGCCACCCUUCUCCAUCGGAAGAUGACCUCCAGAUCGAUUCGGAGGGGGAUUCUGGCCCGGCCGGCUACCAAUACAGCCAAGGGUCUGAUGGCACCCCAAGAGGCUUGGCGGUGGCCCCACAAGAACUGGACCCUCCACAUUCCACCAGCAAAUCAAAACCGUCCAAAGGGGAUGAGCCCUACAAUAGCAUGUCCUCCAUGUUGGGUGUCAUGGGGAACUGGGCAGAUGAGGAUCUGCCCCGGACGCGCUUCAAGUGCCCCUUCUGCACUCACGUGGUGAAACGGAAAGCGGAUCUGAAGCGCCACUUGCGCUGCCACACGGGAGAGCGGCCCUACCCCUGCGAGGCCUGCGGGAAACGCUUCAGCCGCCUGGACCACCUCACCAGCCAUUUCCGAACGAUCCACCAGGCCUGCAAGCCCAUCUGCCGGAAGUGCAAGCGGCACGUGACGGAGAUGACCGGGCAGGUGGUCCAGGAUGGGACGCGGCGCUACAGGCUGUGCAACGAGUGCCUCUCCGAAGCUGGGAUCGACAGCAUCCGCAUCGACUUGAACACGGAGCCUCCACCAGAGUUCCCUCUGGAAGAGGACAAGGACUCAAGCUGGAAUUAUGGCGAGGACAACAAAUCUGACGUGGAAAUCGUCGAGGACAGCUCCACCGACUUGGUCAUCCAGCAAGUGGACGACAGCGAGGACGAUGAGAAAGACGUGAAGCCAAACGUCAGGUAGUCCGGAAUGGACUGCAUGUGGAGAACCCCCCUUUUAUUGGUCCAUUCCUUUGUCUUGACCGUUCGACUCCCAACCGGCCUGCAGUUAAACGUACCAUCCAUUCUCUUCUAUGACUUGCAUGCAUUUAUGGACAGAGCGUUGUAUGACUUUUUUGCAUUUACUCCCAAGUCUUGCGAUUACGUCCAUCCUGAGAUGGCAUCCUGUAUGAACGGUUUUAUUUGCCGUUCAGCGACAAUGAUCACUUUUUGAUAGUAUUCAACGGAUCUCUUCUCAAUCCUUUUUUUCCAAUGUUGAGAAGUGCUUCGAAAUAAAAGUUCACAACUUCA